AAGACCAAACAACUUUGGGAGAUCAAAAGCCCAACCCUAAAUGACAAGCAACUUUAUAAUGAUAGCCAAAAGGCCCAAAAUACACAUGCUGGCGUAGCUUAUUACACUUGGAACUUUUUUUCACUGAAUGUAGAAAAUUAACAUAUUUAUACGAAUUUUAUACCUUUCUUUUUCUUUUUUCCUAAUACCUAGAAAGUCAGAAUACUAAAGUUUUAUUUACCAUAUUAAUCAAUAUAUUUAGUUUUGUCUCAGAAUAAUACAAUGUAUUCAUAUUAACAAAUUAAAGUAGUUAUUAUGAAAAAUUACCUUUUAAUUGAGUUUGUAGGAAAGAGCUGCGCAUUGUUCUCUGCCUUUCAUACCGGACGAAUAAAAUAGCUAUGCCUAUGUAUAUGACCAAGUAACCAACGCAUAUAUAUAAUCGAAAGGUUAGUUAUGGUACACCACCAUGAUUGUUCGGUUCGGUUUGGUUCGGUAUAUUGUAAUUAGAUUUGGUUCUUUCAAUUCCAGGUCAUAUACGCAUUGUAUUUCACCAUUAUUUGCUUCCUCGCCCACUCGAACCACCCACAUCGAGAAAUGUCAAGCAGAGAAAAAAACCCAAACGGAAUCUGCAAAGACAUUCCAAAUCUCAUCUCCACCUUCGUCGACACCUUCGUCGACUACUCCUUCUCCGGCACAUUCCCGCCGCACGAUCCCACCCCACCGCACGAGAUCCCGCAAACGCGUUUCGAGAAACCGGACCGCCUCGUCGCGAUCGGCGAUCUCCACGGCGAUCUCGAGAAAUCCAAACAAGCGUUCAAACUCGCCGGAUUGAUCGAUUCGUCGGACCGAUGGACAGGCGGCUCCACCAUGGUGGUUCAGGUCGGCGACGUGCUCGAUCGCGGCGGAGAUGAGCUGAAGAUCCUCUACUUCCUCGAGAGGCUGAAGCGAGAGGCCGAGAGAAACGGAGGUAAGAUCGUGACUAUGAACGGGAACCACGAGAUCAUGAACGUAGAAGGUGACUUUAGGUAUGUUACCGAGAAAGGUUUAGAGGAAGUUCAGGUUUGGUUAGAUUGGUAUUGCUUAGGGAACGAGAUGAAGAGCUUGUGCCAAGGUCUUGAGGAUGUUAAAGAUCCUUACCAAGGGAUCCCCACGUGCUUCCCACGUGCUAAACCUGAGUGCUUCCAAGGGAUUAGAGCUAGGAUCGCUGCGUUGAGACCUGAAGGUCCCGUUGCGAAGAGGUUCUUGUCCAAGAAUCAGACGGUUGUUGUUGUUGGAGACUCGGUGUUUGUUCAUGGAGGUCUUUUAGCUGAGCAUAUAGAGUAUGGGCUCGAGCGGAUUAACGAGGAGGUUAGGGGUUGGAUUGGAGGAGGAGGAGGAGGAGGAGGGAGGUAUGCGCCUGUGUAUUGUAGAGGAGGGAACUCUGUGGUGUGGUUGAGGAAGUUUUCAGAUGAAAGACCACAUAAAUGCGAUUGUUCGGCGCUUGAGCAUGCGCUUUCGACUAUUCCUGGGGUUAAGAGGAUGAUCAUGGGGCACACGAUACAGGACGGUGGGAUCAACGGUGUUUGUGAUGAUAAAGCUAUUAGGAUUGAUGUGGGAAUGUCCAAGGGGUGUUCGGAUGGGUUGCCUGAGGUUUUGGAGAUAAGCAAGGACUCUGGUGUGCGGAUAGUUACGUCGAAUCCGUUGUAUAAGGAGAAGGGUGGUGAGAGUAAAAUGGGUCUUGGGUUGUUGGUGCCAGCUGAACAUGUUCCUAAGCAAGUGGAAGUCAAAGCUUAAAGAAGAUCUAAACUAGUUGAUACUCUCUUUAUUGAAGCAGUAUUGGAUUCUUUGUAUGAACAUCAGCAGAUUCUUGUGCUCUUCUUGGAGCAUGAUUGUGGUUUCAAUUUAUCAGAAACGUUACGCAAUGUUUGUUACACUAUAAUGAAUUAUUAAUUUAAUGAAUGGCAAUUCUCUCAAA